AUGCAUCACAAUCAUGAUUCAUCCAUUUAUUUUUAUCAUCUUAAUGAGCCAUUCGGUGAGUUUAGCAACUUUUAUUCAGCACCUAUUGAACUUGAUGGGCAUAUCUGGCCUACUGUUGAACAUUAUUUUCAAGCACAAAAGUUCUCGCACAAUAAACAUCGUUUCAAACAUAUUGUACAAUUGUCCACACCGCGAGACGCUUUCGACUAUGCACAAAUGCAUCGUGAUGAAAUACGAUCAGACUGGAUGGAUAUCAGAGAUGCCGUAAUGUUUAAAGCAUGUAUGGCUAAAUUUCAACAGCAUCCACAUCUUAAACAUAUGUUAUUAACAACUGGACAUCGUACUCUGGUUGAGCAUACUAAUAAAGAUUCUUAUUGGGGUGAUGGUGGAGAUGGAACAGGUUGUCGAGCUGGCCCGUGCUUAGCUAUCUUUUGUCCUGCAGGCAUGUGUUUAUCACAACAUGGCUAUUGUGGCACUAGUGCCGAGUAUUGUGGUGUAGGUUGCCGAGCUGGUCCAUGUUUGGGUAGUAUUGGCAGUAGUACUGCCAUUCCUCCAACGACUGGUAUUGCGACUGCAGCUCCUUCGUCGAUCGGUUCUAUAGUUGUUUUACCACACUGA